UCUUGUUGCUCUCUGGUCGGUGAUCACUAUAUUUGAUCUUGUCAUGUGUACGUGUGACUUGCAUGUAACUUGACAAAGAGAAAAAUAUUCACUGAUUAAAUAUCUGUGCAACUCUUUUUGAGCUUGUUCAUAAUAUAUAGCCUAAUUGUGAAGAUGUCUUCUGAAGUAGGAUUAGUGGGUAUGGAGAACAAUGGAAACAAUAUUGAAAACACAGAGCAGAACAAUCAUCAUGGGCUCACGGGGAAGAAGCUUUCAUGGAAAAAGUUGCCAAGAAAUGAUUCUCUGGACAUGGAAUCUCGUAGCUUCCCUAAAUCCUCUCAUGCCUCUAAAGGGCCAUCGAUGUCGGUGAUUAUGCAUCUAGCGUUUCAAAGCAUCGGAAUUGUCUACGGAGACAUAGGAACAUCACCUUUGUAUGUGUAUGCAAGUACCUUCACGCAUGGCAUAAAGCACAACGAUGACAUUUUGGGUGUUCUUUCUUUGAUCUUUUAUACCAUCACUCUCAUUCCUCUUGUUAAGUACGUAUUCAUUGUCUUACGAGCCAAUGAUAACGGCGAUGGAGGGACUUUCGCUUUGUACUCUUUGAUAUGCCGUUAUGCCAAAGUGGGACUUACUCCAAAUCAACAACUUGAAGAUGCAGAAGUGUCAAAUUAUCAAUUGGAAUUGCCCAAUAAUAACCGGAUAAAGAGAGCCUCAAGGCUUAAGUCUAAGCUUGAGAAAAGCUACUUUGCUAAGCUCUUCCUCUUGCUAGUUACAAUGCUUGGCACUUCUAUGGUCAUUGGGGAUGGUGUUCUCACUCCUUGCAUCUCCGUUUUAUCUGCUGUGGGAGGGAUCAAGGAAGCUGCUUCUUCAGUAACUGAGGGUGAGGUUGUUGGAAUAUCCAUAGGAAUCCUGAUAUGCCUUUUCAUGGUUCAAAGAUUCGGAACUGAUAGAGUAGGAUACAGUUUUGCCCCUAUCAUAUGUGUGUGGUUCACCUUUAUCGGAGGCAUUGGUCUGUACAAUUUUAUCAAAUAUGAUCCAACAGUGGUGAAAGCAAUAAAUCCAAAAUAUAUUGUAGAUUAUUUUAGAAGGAACAAGAAAGAUGCUUGGAUUUCUCUUGGUGGGGUUGUGCUGGCCAUAACAGGAACUGAAGCACUAUUUGCCGAUGUCGGACAUUUCACAGUUCGGUCCAUACAAAUAAGCAUGUGCUCUGUAACAUACCCUGCUCUUGUACUUGCCUACACUGGACAAGCUUCCUUUCUUCGCAAAAACAACCAGCAUGUUCCCGACACUUUCUACAAGUCCAUACCUCAUCCUUUAUAUUGGCCAAUGUUUGUUGUUGCUGUUAUGGCAUCCAUCAUAGCUUCUCAAGCCAUGAUCUCUGGAACUUUCUCCAUUAUUCAACAAUCUCUCUCGCUAGGAUGUUUUCCUCGGGUGAAAAUAGUGCAUACAUCAGCCAAGUAUGAAGGACAAGUUUACAUCCCCGAAAUCAAUUUUAUUCUCAUGAUUGCAUGUGUUGCAGUCACAGCUGGAUUUAAAAACACCACAAAAAUUGGGAAUGCUUAUGGGAUAGCAGUGGUGUUCGUGAUGACACUUACAUCUGCUUUGCUAGUGCUAAUAAUGAUCAUGAUAUGGAAGACCCACAUACUUUUGGUUAUCAGUUAUGUGCUUAUCAUUGGUUCAGUUGAGCUUGUGUAUUUAAGCUCAGUGCUAUACAAAUUCAAAGAAGGAGGGUAUCUUCCUCUUGCCUUUGCUGCAGUGCUAAUGACCAUCAUGUACAUUUGGAAUGAUGUGUAUCGAAGGAAGUACUAUUACGAAUUGGAUCACAAGAUUUCCCCAGAGAAGCUUAAGGAGAUAGCUACUGGCACAAACAUAGUAAGAAUGCAUGGCCUUGCCAUGUUCUAUUCUGAACUUGUUCAAGGCAUACCACCCAUUUUCAAGCAUUAUGUGGAAAAUGUUCCUGCACUGCAUUCUGUACUUGUCUUUGUGUCCAUCAAAUCAUUGCCUAUCAGCAAAGUUCCUAUGGAAGAGAGGUUUCUUUUUCGCCAUGUGGAACAUGAAGAACUCAAUGUGUUCAGGUGUGUUGCUAGAUAUGGAUACACUGAUGUAAGGAAUGAGAAUGAGCCUUUUGAGAAUUUACUGAUUGAAAGGCUAAAGGCAUUUGUUGCUGGUGAAUCUUUUGCAUCCCAGAGAGCAGUGCUAAAGGAUGAAAAAAUUGAAGAAAAAAUGAAUGGUGGGGGUGAUGAUGAGUAUGAUGGGGUAGAAGAAAGUGGUGACAAAGAGAAAGUGGUGGUAGAGAGUGUUGAGAAAGAGGUGGAGGCAAUUGAAAAAGCAGUGAGGGCAGGCAUCGUUCACUUGAUUGGUGAAAGUGAUGUGGUUGCUUGCAAAGGAGCAAGCAUAGGGAAACGGAUUCUCAUAGAUUAUGCUUAUAAUUUUCUGAAAAAGAACUUGAGGCAAAGUGAUAAAGUUUUUUAUGUUCCUCAUAAGCGUAUGGUCAAAGUGGGAAUGACUUAUGAACUUUAGAGAGAAUAGAACAGUGCGUAAAUAAU